AUGAACCUCUUCCAUCUAUGGCUGCUUUGGUGUUUCUUGAUUUCACUAGCGGUGAAUGGGGCUAGAGCACAACAUAAUUCAACGACCAUUAGCACGUUAAGGGAUCCGGUGGAGAGAGUAUUUUCCAGACGCAAAAGAUGGAUGCUGUUUCCUAAAGGGGCAUCUUUGAAAUUUACGGCAUCACUAAGUAAGCGGCUGCUGGCCAUUUACCCAAAGGGUUUGAAUUUCGUCUUGGAGGCGGCAUUGUAUUAUCCGAUCCCGGGAGCGCGCAUAGAUUUGAUACCCAAGCGUUUUCGAAAGCCCACCACUAAGGCUCCUAAGCCACCCGGAACAACCCCUCUCACCCUAAUCGGAAUUCCAGGUUCCUUAAUUAAAUAUCGUGCGAAACCAGCCACAAAAUUCCCUUUGGUGCAGCGAAUAGACUACAAUGUCUCCCAACUUCAGUGGCUACCCGCGAACGGGGUAAGGCCGAGUAAUGCUCCCAAAUGGAGCAAAUAUAGUUCACCUGAGUAUUUGAAUAAAUAUCAGUGGAGUCCCGACAAGCAAUUACAUUUUGUGGAGAAGUAUACUGCAAAUCCAAAUACGAAAUGGAAUAAGUGGCAGGAUAAAUAUAAUUAUUCCAACCGUUGGAACCGGCAUGACAGGUAUAUACGUUCCGAUGAGACUGACGAAAUCGAUGACAUUGAGGAUAAUCCCCAUUAUAAUACUUACCGAGGCCGCAGGGAUUUAUUUCAGCACUUUGAAGGACUGACUAAGGUGUUGGGAUUCGACAUGAAAACCUGCAUUAUGAGGGCAAUGUGUGAUAGCAAACGAUUCCUUUUGCCUCCGGGAUACUCAUUGACACACGAUAUAAUGAGGGUGUUAUUCACGUUUCCGACAAUAAGUGGCGUCAAGGACGACUACAUGCGAAUCAUGGCGGCUGAUUAUGAAACAUGCGAUGCCCAUCUAAACAACAAGUGUCCCAUUAGUAUACUCGAUAUGUUUUUGAAUUCAAAAAAAUCUAUUUAA